UAGAAAUAAGUCGGGCCGAAGGAAAAUGGGUGUUUGGUGUAAAUCGGGGGUGUAAUGCUGCCAUAUAUCACGCUAUCUCGUAAAACCGACACUGAAGAGUCUCGGCCAACAAAUCACCAGAAAAUUAUGAGUUCGUCGUAUUAUGUGAAUGCUCUUUUUCCCAAAUAUACGGCGGGGACAUCCGUUUUCCAGAACACGAGUGGCUUUUCAGAAGCAACUUCUUGCGCCUUUGCUGCGAACUCACAAAGAUCGAGCUAUGGAGCGGGCGCGAGCGCCUUCCCAACCCCGAUGGCCGGGCUGUACAAUGUUAACAGUGCAAUCUAUCACGGCCCUUCCAUGUACAACACAGGUUAUAACCUAAAUUCAGAUUCCUACAACCUGCGCUGCUCUGCCUUAGACCAGAACAUUCCAGUACUUUGCAGCGAUCUGAGCAAACAGGGCUGCGAAAAAUUGGAUCAGACAAACGUGCACCCUCAAGCAGAGAGCAAUUUCCGGAUUUACCCCUGGAUGAGGAAUGCAGGCCCGGACCGAAAGCGAGGACGGCAGACCUACACCCGCUAUCAAACGUUGGAAUUGGAGAAAGAAUUCCACUUUAACCGCUAUCUGACUCGCAGGCGACGGAUCGAAAUUGCUCAUGCUCUGUGUCUCACUGAGAGGCAGAUCAAAAUCUGGUUCCAGAACAGGAGGAUGAAAUGGAAAAAAGAAACCAAAGCUGGCAGCUCUAGCACAACAACCGAGGAAAAACAGGAAUGAGACGUCCGGCUAAAGCUUGAACUGUGCGAAUGUGCAAAGCUGUUUUCCACCAGCUAACAAUGACAUUUGACUACCUAGUCACAAUCGUGGACUAUUAAACGAUGCAGUGCAGUGGCACUCAUUAUACUACCUAUAUGUUUCAAUAAUCUUCUGAAAUAAAAACUAACUUUACUUUCUCUGAUUUGGUUUUAAUAAAAAAAAUGCAAAAUCUUUAUCGGCAAUAGUAAAACAAUUAUUCGGAAAUGGGUUCAGAAUUAAAGUGAAAGCCAAUGGAUUUAGACCAUUUUCCCGGUCGUCAUAUAUUUUCCCUAGCUAAUUUGACGGUCUCUUGUUGCAAUAAAUGCAAUAAUGGGAAUAUAGUUCUUAAUCCAUGCACUCCACGUAAAUAAGAGACUGGGAUUCGACUCUGGGUCUCUAAUACUGUAGCGAUAGGAAAAAUAUGAGCCUAAAAAAACAAGCUGUAGCCAUUGUUGUCUGUAACUCACUUACCACUAUGUGAUAUUAGAUAUAUCUCAUGCACUGAGCCAUUCAUCAAACUUAUUUCAUCCUCAUUAAUUCACAUUCUGAACGCAUUUAAAACAUUUCUGCACAUUGUUCACAAAAUAAGAGCGUUAUGAUUUUAGAAGCUUCUUUCAAAUCCAAUGGGAAACCUCCGAACCAGCCUAUCACCUAUUAUUAGUCAUGAUAGAAGACGGUCAUGAGUAAAAUACUUUAUUUUUGCUCAAUUCCUCGUUUUUUAUCCACAUUCUUCAUUGUGUUUUGAGUGUGUCUUUUAUUUCAUAUAUGUAUCGUCCCAAUAAGGAUAUAAAGCAAUGUUCUGUUUUCACUUGGCAAAUAAAUGUAACUACCUAAACCACAAUAGUGGACAUCUUGCACGUUUAUUGAAACUACCUAAAUGUUUUAAUUUAAAAUUCGUUUCUAGACAGAGAAUGUUGUUCUGGGGGCUUGAAUUCCCGCCCUUCUUAUAACAGUACCAUAAUAUGAGAGUAAAAUAGUGAAAUAUAUUCCGAUGUGUGUAUUUUAAUGAGGUGUGUAUGUAGCCACUUUAUUACAGGAAAAUAGUGAAUACUACCUAGAGAUACCCGUUUACGUUUAACGCGAAUGGAUUCCUUUCGCAAUACGCUUCAAUACUAUGCUGUAAAAAGUAAAAUAGUUGUAUUAGGCGGGAGAAAUUGCAUUAUUACUUUUUGAUGGAUGUCAUUAAAAUAUAUACCUGCUAAAGAUUUCAAUAAACCAUGUACUAUUGAAUGGUGUAAUCGUGUUUCCUCAAGUGUUGUAUCAGUUGUCUUAGACAUGUGCACUGUUUAAAUUAUAUAAAAACAUGUAAUAACCAAAUGUAAUAAUAGAAAACCCGAACUGCAUUGUCAACUGAAUAUAUUGUGGUUCCAUAUUCGGUGUGGUAUCUGUCAAUCGAAAGUUUGCUUUGUAAUCUGUGUAUGUGUUGUUCAAUAAUAACCAAUGUUAACGGUUUAAGGUGCAAUCUAUUUAAAAUAUAUAUAUUCGUUCUCGACAUGUAUACUUUGAAUGGAAACAAUGUAAGAAAACAAACGUCAAAAAAAACAUUAAACGGUGCUUAAAUAAA